GUUGAAAAUCUUUCUUUUUUAAAAGGAGAAACAAAAAUGACAGAUUCAUUGAGUGUUGAGCAGAUUGCUGAAUUUCGUGAAGCCUUUUCGUUGAUAGAUAAAGAUUCCGAUGGUGUGAUUACUGUUGAAGAAUUGGCCUUAGCUAUUCAGUCUUUGAACGAACAUCCGACGAGUGAAGAGAUUCAAGAAAUGGUGAACGAAGCCGAUUCUGAUGGAGAUGGUACUGUUGAUUUUGAAGAGUUCUUGAUUGUAAUGUCAUCAAAGAUGAAGGAAAAUGUAGUAGAGGAGAUUAAAGAUGCUUUCAAAGUUUUCGAUAGGGAUCAAGAUGGAUUCAUAUCUGCCAUUGAGUUGAGAAAUGUGAUGAUAAAUAUGGGAGAAAGACUAACAGAAGAAGAAGCUGAACAAAUGAUCAACGAAGUUGAUCUAGAUGGAGAUGGGCUAGUCAGUUACGAUGAUUUCGUGAAGAUGAUGAUGGCUUCAUAUCUUUAAUAUAUAUAAAUACGUAUUUUUUAUUUCAGAAUUUAUUACCUAUAUUGUUGUUUGAAAUUUUG